UAUAUCACAGAUUCAUGAAUCUUUUUUAAAGAUUCUCACAAUAUUCACCGACUCCUUCACCUCUUCAUAACCCUAGUUCUGGCCACACACCACCCAACAAACAACAACAAUGGCUGCGCUUGAGUUACACAAGCCCGAGAUCGACGAAGAAGAAGACGAAUCUUCCGUGGAGGAGGUCCGUCUCACAGUUUCCAACGAAGAUGAUCCUUCUCUACCCGUGUGGACGUUUCGCAUGUGGUUUCUUGGUCUUCUCUCUUGCGUCCUCCUCUCGUUUCUCAACACUUUCUUCGGUUACAGGACACAGCCUCUGAUGAUCACCAUGAUCUCCGUUCAAGUCGUCACGUUGCCUCUCGGGAAGAUCAUGGCUCGGAUCUUGCCUGAGACUAAGUACCGGAUCGGGUCUUGGGAGUUUUCUUUUAACCCGGGUCCGUUUAACGUGAAGGAGCACGUGUUGAUCUCCAUGUUUGCUAAUGCUGGUGCUGGUUUUGGAUCUGGUACUGCUUAUGCCGUUGGGAUCGUUGAUAUCAUCAUGGCGUUUUACAAGAGGAAGAUCAGUUUCUUGGCUAGUUGGAUUCUUGUUAUCACCACUCAGAUUCUUGGGUAUGGUUGGGCUGGUAUCAUGAGAAAACUAGUGGUGGAUCCUGCUCAGAUGUGGUGGCCGACGAGUGUUCUUCAAGUCUCUCUGUUUCGUGCACUUCAUGAGAAGGACAAGGCGAGAAUGUCAAGAGGAAAGUUCUUUGUGAUAGCGUUUGUUUGUAGCUUCGCGUGGUACAUUUUCCCAGCUUACUUGUUCCUGACGUUAUCAUCAAUCUCAUGGGUAUGCUGGGCGUUUCCCAAGUCCAUCACAGCUCAGCAAAUAGGCUCCGGGAUGUCAGGACUCGGAGUUGGUUCUUUCGCGCUUGACUGGUCUGUCAUAGCUUCUUACCUUGGAAGCCCACUCGUGACUCCCUUCUUUGCGAUCGUUAACGUCCUUGUCGGUUACGUUCUGAUCAUGUAUAUGGUUAUACCAGUAUCAUAUUGGGGCAUGAAUGUCUAUGAAGCACACAAGUUCCCUAUCUUCUCCUCUGAUCUGUUUGAUUCACAAGGGCAGCUUUAUAACAUCUCCACCAUUGUUAAUGACAAGUUUGAGUUGGAUGAAGUGAUGUAUCAACGAGAAGGUAGGGUUUAUCUCAGUACGUUCUUUGCUAUCACUUAUGGGAUUGGUUUCGCCGCAAUCGUUUCUACACUCACUCAUGUUGCUCUCUUCAACGGAAAGGGAAUAUGGCAACAAGUGAGAGCUUCAGCCACUGCUAAAGUAGACAUACACACAAGGUUGAUGAAGAAGUACAAAGACAUACCAAGUUGGUGGUUUUAUAGCAUGCUUGCUGUCUCAUUGGCACUAUCUCUUGUUCUAUGCACUGUCAUGAAAGAUGAGAUUCAAAUGCCAUGGUGGGGACUACUUCUAGCAUCAUUCAUGGCCUUGAUCUUCACCGUACCAGUCAGCAUUAUCACAGCCACUACUAAUCAAACUCCAGGUCUAAACAUCAUCACAGAAUAUCUCAUGGGUGUGUUGUUACCAGGGAGACCAAUAGCCAACGUAGUCUUCAAGACAUACGGUUACAUAAGCAUGUCACAAGCCAUUUCAUUCCUCAACGACUUUAAGCUAGGCCAUUACAUGAAGAUACCGCCGAGAUCGAUGUUCUUGGUUCAGUUCAUAGGAACAAUCAUAGCCGGAACGGUGAACAUAUCAGUGGCGUGGUACUUGCUUACAUCGGUGGAAAACAUCUGCCAGAAAGAGCUGCUCCCACCAAACAGUCCAUGGACGUGUCCAAGCGACAGAGUGUUCUUCGACGCGUCGGUGAUUUGGGGAUUAGUUGGACCCAAGAGAAUCUUUGGGAGUCUAGGGAACUAUCCAGCCCUAAACUGGUUCUUCUUAGGCGGACUAGUGGGACCAGUGCUAGUGUGGCUUCUCCAAAAGGCGUUUCCGACGAGGACAUGGAUCUCGCAGAUCAAUCUCCCCGUUCUUUUGGGCGCGACGGCCGCGAUGCCGCCGGCGACGAGCGUGAACUUCAACUGCUGGAUCAUAGUUGGAGUUGUGUUCAAUUACUUUGUGUUCAAGAACUACAAGAAGUGGUGGCAGAGGUAUAACUACGUGUUGUCCGCGGCUUUGGAUGCGGGGUUGGCGUUCAUGGGAGUGUUGUUGUACUUUAGUUUGACGAUGAAUGGGAUAUCGAUAGGGCAUUGGUGGGGUGCGGAAGGUGAGAAUUGUCCUCUUGCUUCUUGUCCUACUGCUCCUGGUGUUCAUGUUGAAGGUUGUCCUGUUUUUUAAAAUGAUUUUUUAUAGAUGAUUUUUUCAUUUUUUUUCAAAGAUAUUUGUUUGGUUUACAUUUUAGAUUUUUAAAUAUGAAAAUAUAAGGGUUUGAUAUGAUUAGAGAGUAAUGAUAUUUUCUUUUCAGUUUCAAACGUUGGUCUAUUAAUCUUUUACACUAUAAUUAAUUAACAAAGACUACUAAAAAACAAAACAUAUGUGGAUGUGGCGUGUGUAGUACAAUGAGAGGAUAUGAGCGUGACAGGAAGACAUUGUGGAAAUUCAAUAAAUGAUUCCUUAAUUUAUUUACAACUUAGAGCAACAUUAUUGAUUGUCCUUAGUUUUGAGUCCCUAGCUUAUUUAAAUAAUUUUUGGUUGGUAAGAGACAAAGUUAAGGACAAUCACAAAAGAGUUGAUUAUUGGUAGGACUUUUAAUAAGAUACAAACAGACUCAUGUGUCUCUUUAUGAAUUUAGUGGCAUUUGCUAGCUGAUACAUUGCCUUUGGUUUCAAUAUAUGACAAGAAAUAACCAAUAAAGAAAACUACAAAUUACAAAACGCAUGAACAAAUAAAUAUAUAUAUAUAUAUAUAUAUAUAUAUCAGUUGAUAUACACAGUUGUUGUGAGCAAGAAGCCCAUCAAGAAAGAUAUAUCACUUGUUUGGUUCUUGGCCAAAGAUCCCAUACAAGAGCUAAGAGCUUAAGUGUUCUGAACCUUCCUCUGCAACAUCAGACUAUAUCAAGGUUAGAUACAUCUGUUUCAGUGUGUGUAAUAUACGUCUUAGAAAGCACAACAAUCCUCAUUCUAAUCACCAGAAUGCUUAAAGAAGUAACACACAACAAGAGCGAAGGAGACUUAUUUCUAACAAGCAUGGAAGUUAUGAUAAAUUUAACACUUACAGAAGGUUCGAAAUCAGGAUUUGACAUAUUCACUGUGAGGUUUCUCAUCAAUAUCAGUACCUGCCAAGAACAAUCAACUGGCAGCUACGUAUAUGCACCAGGAAACUUAAACAAGAAAAUACUGAACCAAGGUUGUUUAUUUGGCCAACAUCUCCACAGAAUCAGGGUACUACCAAGCAAACUUUGUUUAUGAAACAAAAUCUACAGAAUGCAGCCGUUACUAUUAGAUUCAGCUAUGUGACAGGCUUACUAUAAAGAUAAAAAUCACCUAAAUUAUGGAUGUAUCACAGUCCCACACAUCAUAUAACCAAAAGGCAAACAAGCAUGUUGUAACUCACAGUUUCGAAAUUUAUAGGAUCCAUUUCCUUGAGCUUUUUCAUGCGGCCUUUGCUGUCAGGAUCGAAGAUACUCCCGAUGAAGUUA